AUGCCUCUACAAAACCUCAUAAAUCAAGUCUUGAACCGUGACUGCCGCAAUCCGCACUCACAGACCCUUCCUCUUCAAACCCCCCAAGAACGAGUCAACAACGCGAUCGCACAAGCUCACUUCGACUGGCUCCCGUUACUUCCAGACGCCAUUUGGGACAGUCUAGAUGACCCUCUCAAUGUCAACAUUCUCGGCAACAACCAAAUACGAGGAGACGCUAUUGUAGCAGAAUGUGUCGCAACACUACAAGCUCAAUUAUACCCGCAAUCUCUCGCCGCUGAACGCAAGACUGCCCGAGUCACCCUCUUGUCCAACGCCACCUUCCAUGCGCUCCUCUGUGCUUUUGGAGUCUCUGAACAACCAUUCAGAAAGGAGAAGGCCGAUGCUUUUGAGGUUUACGUUUCGGCACUAGGGCGCUAUAACUGGGAGUUGGCCAAUGAGUGGAUUGGGUAUGUGUUUACCGGUCUUAUUCACACUGUCAUGGCGAGGAGACGAGGAGAGAAGAGAAAGGCGUCAAAGGAAGACGACAUUAUGUGUCAGUGCAAGCGACGGAGAGAACAUUGA